AUGUUUGUAUGUAUGUGUGUGUAUUAUCUUUAGUUACUUUUCAAAUAUUUGCCCUCUCCAUUGCUUCAAAAGACAAACAGUAGUAGUUGCUCACUUAACUCAUCCCGACAUCAUGAAAAGUCAUCACAGCUGAGAGAAGCAACAGUUACAAAAAAUGAUACUACAUUGUCAGUUCUUAAAGAAAUUUUAAGAUGUCAACAAGAAAUGAAAAUCGUACAAGAAAAUCACACUGCAAUACUUAAUAGUCUAUUAAGACACAACAGCAUCAACUAUCAGGCUUCACAGUUGCCUGAAGAUGUCACUCUUUUGUUACCUUUGAAGUGUUUAAAAGCUGCGGAAGAGUUUGAGGAUAAGCUGAAAGAUCCUGAUAUUUUUAAAACAGUGGUUUUAUGGUUAAGUGAUCAAGGAGGUCGAAGUCUUGUAGAGGCUACCGGUCGCAUGAUGGCAAAGCUAAUGACAAAUGAGUUAGCCCAAAGUUGUAACCUUUGUGGUCGGAAUGGUAAAAAAGGUCUUAAAGGAUCGUUAUUGUUUCUUAUUCUUACUAAGGCUAUAAAGAGAAAUGUACUGACAUCAAAGUUGAAUGUAAGAGAUAUUGAAAUCAGUCUAUCCAAUUGGCUCAUCGGUUCACGUGAUCGGGAUGGCAAUCGAGCUAAACGUGCCAAAGCCUCCAAAAACAAAAGUAUAGAAGUACACCCAGACAUAAAUGCUUCUGACAAAGAAGAUUAAUAUAUGUUAAAUAUAUCUAUAUAUAAAAAGAAAAAUUCUUAAAAAAAUUCUGACAAAGAAGAUUAAUAUAUAUUAGAUAUAUCUUUAUAUAAAUAGAAAAAUUAGAAGUAUGAAACUUAUACUUUAUAACAUUUAUGCAGUGUAUUGUUAAUUAAUAACAAUGUGAUCAUGUAA